AUGGAGGGAUCUAUCUCAAGAUUUCUUCUUUUGGUCUUUAGCCUUCUGUCUGUAGUACGAGCCAUUGAUCCAUUCACGUACAACAACGACACUUUCAUUCUCCAUGGCGAGCCCUACCUCCUUCGUGGCGGUCAGAUGGACCCACAACACAUCCCCCACGAAAAGCCUUUCCUGGAAGCCUCAAGGGCUUUCAUCAACCGCCUUGCAGAUGAGGUUGGUGAUCUCCAGGUCACCGACGGAGGACCUAUCUUGAUGGUCCAAAUUGAGAAUGAGUAUGGAUCCUAUGGAAGUGAUCACGAGUACUUGAGUGCUUUGAAGGAUAUAUUCACAGCUUCUUUCGAUGUACCCUUUUACACCAAUGACGGUGGCACCCAGGCAAUGCUCGAAGGCAGGCAGAUCUCAGGUGUCUUGGCUGAGACGGACGGGGAUGUUUAUGAGGGAUUCGCUACACGCGACAAAUACGUUACCGAUCCAACUAGUCUCGGCCCCCAGCUCGAUUGUGAGUACUAUAUCACAUGGCUCCACCAGUGGGCAAGCAAUUACAAACACAAGAGCAACGUCGGACACAAGGAAGCUACGGAUAAAAUUACGAAGGAUAUCAAGUGGCUACUAAAUAACAACGGCUCAUUCAAUCUAUUCAUGUUCCACGGUGGCACGAACUGGGGAUUCCAAAAUGGAGCUAACUGGGCCAACGCCCUGCAGCCCAUCACCACAAGCUAUGACUACGGUGCGCCCCUCGACGAAACAGGUCGGACGAACGAUAUCUACCAUGCGAUUCGAGAGACUAUCGGCGCCAUCAUCGGCGAAGACAAGCUCCCCGCUCUUCCAGCAGAACAACCAUUAAUUGAAAUACCAUCUGUUAAACUUACCCCGUCUGUGGGCAUGUUUGAUUCCCUUCCCAAACCUACCGAGAAAGAAUUCCCAGUCAAUAUGGAAGCAGUUGGCCAGGCGACUGGACUAAUCCUCUACCGACACGUUAUCACAACCCCCGUCAGCGGCACGGUCAAAACCGGCGGUAAACCCCGGGAUCGGGUCCUCGUGUACGUGAACAAGAGCCGAGUUGGCGUGACUGACGGUACAUACGCUUCACCGAGCACCGUCAACCUGGAUCUGAAAGAAGGCGAUGUGCUCGAUAUUCUAGUCGAGAACCUCGGACGCGUUAACUAUGGACCUGAGAUCGUGGACCAGCGUAAGGGGAUUGUGGGCAAUGUCACCGUUGGUGCAAGUGUGCUCUCCAAGUGGGCGAUAUACUCUUUGCCUUUGGCGUCGCCGCCCGACUCUACCGACGGCAAAACGCCUCUGAAGCCCUCUGCUACUUCAGGCCCUAUCUUCUUCACUGGUUCGUUCGACUUGGAUAAGGUUGGUGAUACGUUCCUCGAACUACCUAGUUGGACGAAGGGUGUGGUUUGGGUCAAUGGAGUCAAUUUGGGCCGUUAUUGA